UUAAUUAGUAGUCAGUGGAGAAUAUGGAAUUUUCAGACGAUGAAGAGGAAUUGAAUGUUCCCCAAGUUAAGAAACCUAUAAUAUAUGGAAGUUUGGAGGAGAGAGAAAAACAGAGGCUUGCAACAAGCAGUUCGUCUGGAUCACUGGCCUCCGACGCCAUAAAUGCCGGCAAAGCUGCAGGGAAUAUAAACAUUACAGAUGGAGGGUCGUAUGAUAUUGCAGAGAGAGAUCCUAAUGAAGAACAAUCAGAACUUCUAGCAGAAUUAGAAAAAAGAAAGAAAGCCAGACAGAUCCAGGUAUCGACGGACGACUCUGAAGUCAAGGCUAAUCUCAGGCAACUGGGAGAACCGAUCUGUUUGUUUGGGGAGGGCCCAGGUGAGAGGAGAGAACGUCUCAGAAAAACUUUAGCGGAGUUGGGAUCAGAGGCAACGGGUGCAUUUUUAAAGAAAGGACAGGAACAAGUAGAAAAGAAAACCAAAGAAGAUGAGAAUGUUACUUGGUAUCAUGAAGGGACUUCUGCCCUAAAAGAAGCAAGGAUAUGGAUAGCAAAAUACUCUAUUCCAAAAGCCAAACAAAGAAUAAAAAUGCAGAAAGAGGAGAAACUUAUACCAACUGCUAAGAAAAAUGCACAGGUUCAAGAUCUCCAUAAACGAGUCAGAGCAGUCACCAAUGAAUGCAGUCAGAUAGGAGAUGUCCGCCCCCUGUCAUAUUGUGAGUUUAGUCCUAAUGGUAAAAUCCUUGCUGUAGCAUCAUGGUCAGGCCUAUGUAAGCUUUGGUCAGUCCCUGACUGCCAGUUAAUCAGACAACUAAGGGGACACAACUGUAACGUAGGUGCCAUAGUAUUCCAUCCCAAAGCUACUUUAACAUUGGAAGAUGAUGCUUGCUGCAUGGCCUCCUGCAGUCAGGAUGGGGCUGUAAAACUGUGGAAUUUGGUGAGUGAUGAGCCAGUAGCAGAUAUUGAGGGCCACAGUCCCUACAGAGUGUCACGUCUGAAGUACCACCCCUCAGGGCGAUUCCUGGGUACCUGCUGUUUUGACAACUCCUGGAGACUCUGGGAUUUAGAAGUCCAAGAAGAAAUCCUCCAUCAGGAGGGCCACAGUAAACCUGUUUAUGACAUUUCCUUUCAAGGGGAUGGUGCUUUAGCAGCUACAGGAGGUCUGGAUGCAUUUGGAAGAGUUUGGGAUCUAAGAACAGGGAGAUGUAUCAUGUUUCUAGAGGGUCAUAUUCAGUCUGUGUUCUCCAUUGAUUUUGCUCCUGAUGGUUACCAUGUAGCAACAGGAAGUGAAGAUAACUCUGUAAGAAUUUGGGAUCUAAGGCAAAGAAAAUGUGUAUACACCAUUCCUGCUCACAAGAAUUUAGUAAGUAAAGUGAAAUUCCAACCUGAUCAUAGUAACUAUCUAAUAAGUGCAUCUUAUGACUGUACUGCCAAAGUUUGGGCCCAUCCAACUUGGGCACCACUGAAAACAUUAGCAGGGCAUGAGGGAAAAGUGAUGGGAGCAGACAUUUCUCCUGAUCUUCAGUACAUUGCAACUGUGUCUUAUGACAGAACUUUUAAACUGUGGACCACUGAAAUGCAGGGAGGAAUUUAAGAUUGUUUUAGAGAAUCAAAUUUACAAAUAUAUGUUGAACAUCAACAUAUAUUUUACAUUUUAAGAGCUUGCUCAUAUUCUAUGCAGUGAAACUGAUCAUACCCAUGUAUGUAUAUUUUUCAUGCAUGAUUCACAGAUCACUUAUAAUAAAAAUCAUUUGCAUUCAUAA